AUGCGUGUGCUAGGCGGCGUGUCUCUGCAAGCAGCAGGGUUACCAGAGUGUGCUGGAGCUGCUCGAUUAGUAGUGUUUCUGUGGUAUGAUUUAAUAGAAAAUGUUUACAUAGCUUCGAGAAGCAGGAAGGAGCCCAGGUCCCCCCAGGCCAGCGAGGUCCCCGAGCACAGGCUGCAGAUGAACAGCAUUACGGUUUCCAAGAAACGCAGCUGGCUGCAGCAGAGCACAAACCGACCUCCUCCAGAGGAAAACUCCUGCAAGGAAGCACGCGGGACUGUUACCCCGGUACCCAAAUCUCCCAUCCCGCUGCCCGAACCCGAGGUGCCGUGGGCUCCUUCCACGUCUCCGGUGGGGCGGCAGCGCCUCGCAGGCAGCUGCGCUCCUGUCGGUGCUCCUGCCACGCCAAGCAGUGCUGCUUUGGACUUCGGCGAGGAUGAUGAUGCAGAUGAUGAAGGAGAAAUAUGGUACAACCCGAUCCCUGAAGAUGACGAGCCCAGCUUGCCCAGAGUCUGCACUUCUGCUGUCAGUAGCCCUGUUGCUGCGGGCUCCCUGGCAGUUCGGUACAAAUCCUCAACUGGGGAUGACUCUGGGAUGGCCCCAGGUCCCCACGAGGGUCCCCCGUGCUCCAUGGAGAGCGUGGGGAACAGUCGGAUGGCUCAGGCCAGCGAAGCAAGUCAGGCUGAUGCCACGCACCCUGGGGAGCACGUGCAGCAGCACCGGCAGAGGUUUGCCUGCAAGGCUCCCAAUGUGCCGGCACCUGAGGACAAUCCUGCCUUUAAGUGCCCUUCAACAGGGUCUGGAGCUGCACUUGCACACAAGGCUGAUACGCCUUCAACAGAGGUUUCUCCUCCAAGUCCCAGUCCUCUGAAAAAAAGUGGAUCAAUCAACUGGCCUUUCCCUGAUAGAAUUAAAUCUCCCAGGACUGUGAGGAAGCUUUCCAUGAAAAUGAAAAAGCUGCCAGAGCUGAGCAGGAAGCUGAGCGUCAAGGGGGCUUCAAGCCAUACUAGUUCAGAUAAUCCUUCUUCCCUGCCGAAAGGUAGCUACCGGGAUACAGGCCAUACGGUGUCUUUACCAUCUUCUGGAAACUCAACCACAGCUGCCAGCAGGAAUGUCAUAAGUCGUUACCAUCUCGACAGCAGUGUGUCAUCCCAACACACCUACAAAAAGAAAAGCUCCAGGAGUUCCAAAUCCUUUAGCAAAGGUGGUUACCUCAGUGAUGGUGACUCUCCUGAACUUAUGACAAAAUCAGCUAAACACGGACAUGAAACCAAGUGUGGGAAAGGAAAGGAGAGCCUUUUAAAUAACAGUGGUAAAACUGAAAUAGAUAUCGAUGCCUUCAGACACUACAACUUUUCUGAUCAACCCAAGUGCUCUCAGUACAUCUCUGGACUCAUGAGCAUUCACUUUUAUGGUGCUGAAGACUUAAAACCACCAAGAAUAGACUCAAAAGAUGUCUUUUGUGCAAUACAGGUUGACUCAGUAAACAAAGCAAGAACAGCCUUGCUUACCUGCAGGACAGCGUUUCUAGAUAUGGACCACACAUUCAACAUAGAAAUUGAAAACGCUCAGCACUUAAAGCUGGUGGUGUUCAGCUGGGAACCCACGCCCCGGAAGAAUCGGGUGUGUUGUCAUGGGACCGUGGCUCUUCCCACUCUUUUCCGAGUGACAAAGACUCAUCAGCUGGCUGUCAGACUGGAACCUAGGGGGCUUAUUUACGUCAAGCUCUCACUCAUGGAGCAGUGGGAGAACUCUCUUGAUGGCCUCAAUGCAGAUCGGGAGCCUGUGAUGUUUGGGGUGGAGGCUCGAAAAGUUGUAGAGAAGGAAAAUGCAGGCUUGAUGGUGCCACUUCUGAUGCAGAAAUGUAUUCUGGAGAUUGAAAAGAGAGGCUGUCAGGUGGUGGGCCUGUAUCGGUUGUGUGGCUCAGCAGCAGUUAAGAAAGAGCUUCGAGAGGCAUUUGAGAGGGACAGCAAGGCUGUUACACUCUGUGAAAGCCAGUACCCAGAUAUUAAUGUCAUAACAGGUGUCUUGAAGGACUACCUGCGAGAGCUUCCCUCUCCCCUGAUAACCAAGCAGCUCUAUGAAGCGGUGUUGGAUGUCAUGGUGACAAAUCCCUUGAAAAUGACAGCAAAUGGUUGCGAGAAUGACCCAAGUGACUCUGAGCACACAGUAACCCUUCUGGAUUGCCUGCCAGAUGUUGAGAAGGCUACCCUGAAGAUGCUGUUGGAUCACCUGAAACUGGUAGCUUCUUAUCAUGAAGUAAAUAAGAUGACAUGCCAGAAUUUAGCUGUAUGUUUUGGGCCUGUGUUACUAAGCCAGAGGCAGGAGACUACCAACCAUAACAACCGAGUCUUCACAGACUCAGAAGAGCUUGCUAGUGCCCUGGACUUCAAAAAACACAUUGAGGUUCUUCACUAUUUACUCCAGCUGUGGCCAGUACGUCACUCACCUGUCAAAGAAGCACCACAUCUGAAUGCAUUUCCUGAGCACCCAUCCUCCCUGAAUUACCUCAGACCCAAGAGGCAGAGACCUCAGAUGCUGAAUCUGGGUGGUACUGAGAUGUCUGGUUUACUCAGACCAAGGCCAGCAGGUCUAGACAGCCCAUCGAGCAACCGCUACGCUGGAGACUGGAGUAGUUGUGGGGAGAACUACUUCUUAAGCCCAAAGGACUGCCUGAGCGAAGCAGACUACGAUGAUGUCCCUUCAGAAGAUACUGAGAGUGGGGACGACAGCAGCAAAGCCGAUGAGUCGGAUGCCCCAGUAAGACACCUCCAGCCCAUCCCCAGAGAGCACACGCUGCAGAGCUAUUUGACAAUGCAAGCAAUGGACUCUGCAGUGGAUCACAGAGCAAACCUCAAAGACCUGCAGGAAAGUAUCGAUACUCUUAUAGGAAAUCUGGAAAGGGAACUCAACAAAAAUAAACUAAAUAGGAGUUAUUAA